AUGGGAGGAAGGGAGCUAGAAGUGCAGUACAAUGGCUUAGAGAAUGAUUUUGGAGGUAUUAAGUACAAGGGAGAGUACGAGCCAUUGGCUUGCCUUCUGUUCGCCCACAUCUGGCUCUCCUUUGUGGCCGCAACGCUGCGUGCCAGUCACCUGGCGGCUUUCGCCUUCGACGGAGAGGGCGCGAGUUCCCUCUUCAGUGUUGGAGAUGUCGCGGGUUUGACUUCUGAUGCUCUCCUUAUCAUCCUCGUUCUCGUCACUGCUGACGUUGGAUUCCCCAUCCUACCCGCCGAACUCUCCCACUUCCAGCAAAAGGUUCGACAGUAUCGCAAACGCCAGUACCGCCGAGUGAUGAGUGCCGCAAGUUUCCGCGACAAUGAAUCCACCAACACCGCAACCACAACUCACGUGGAUGGACGGACCCGAGGAAAAGAGAUCCACUUGCCACCCUCUGCAGCCACGUGGUCAGCGGCAUUGUGCCGAACGGAGGCCUCAGUGGCAAAGGCGGUCGCCACUGCGGCUCGAAUGAACGCCUCCCCAUCUGUUGCCUCACUCUCCUUCACUGUCUAUGGGGCCACCAAGGAGACUGAGGAAGCCAAUAAGCCCUUCCUCUUCUGUUUUGGCCUCUUCAAAUGUUCACAUCGUCGAAUGCGCAUCUUCCUCUAUCUCGGUUCUAUGCUCACUGUUAUUAUCUCCAUUGAACUGGCACUCUACAUCUGGGCUAUGCUUGACCAGGAUCCAGUGUUGGAUAUAUCAGUGUGGAACACAACUCCGGGACGUCUGUUAGUGGCAGUGCGUUUCGCAGUGAUCUUCUGGUUUCUAGCUCUGCUCUACAAGCGUCGAGGCUCUUCUAACGUGGGAGAGGUGAUUGAACCUCUGCACUUCGCAGCUGCUUACCUCCUCUGGCUUCUCACACUUCCUGUUGUGGUCUUCGUCGCCCACACCGCCGUCUCACCUCUCUGGCGCCAUAAAACUAUCAUCGGUGUAAUGCAUCUCUCCAAUUUCCUUGCUUCCAUCCUCUACGCUCAACUCAUCAACAGAGCCAAGUAA